AAGGGCGCGUGACCAUGACGCGACUAGUCUUGGGAAACCAUAGAGAUUGGAGGAGGGGAGUAGAACUUUUACGUAGAUCCCGGAAGUGAGUUGGUUUGGUGCGGCUGUAUUGAGCCGCCAGGUCUGCUGAGAGUGGGCGAGCAAGCCAACUAGUGCGGGGGAGAGUGAGAGGGGCGAGAUCGACCCGGGGCAAGGUAGGAGCGGAGAAGAUGGCGUCGUUCGUGACGGUACAGCUCAAGAAGGCCUCCGAGGUCGACUUGGCCAAGCCUCUCUGCAAGUUCAUCCAGCAGACUUACCCGGGCGGGGAGUCGCAGGCCGAGCACUGCCGCGCCGCCGAGGAGCUCAACAAGCUGCGCAAGAGCGCGCUGGGGCGCUCGCUGGACAAGCACGAGAGCUCCCUCGAGACCCUCCUGAGAUAUUACGAUCAGCUGUGUGCUAUAGAACCAAAGUUUCCAUUUUCUGAAAAUCAGGUCUGUGUAACUUUUACUUGGAAAGAUGCUUUUGACAAAGGAUCACUAUUUGGAGGAUCUGUCAAACUUGCUCUGGCAAGUUUGGGCUAUGAGAAGACCUGUGUGUUGUUCAAUUGUGGAGCCUUGGCUAGCCAGAUAGCAUCAGAACAGAAUCUUGACAAUGAUGAAGGAUUAAAAGCUGCUGCUAAACAUUACCAGUUUGCUAGUGGUGCCUUCCAGCAUAUUAAAGAUACCGUCCUCUCCUCAUUAAAUCGAGAACCUACAGUGGACAUUGCCCCAGAUACAGCUGGUACCCUGAGUCUUAUCAUGCUGGCUCAAGCUCAAGAAGUCUUUUUUCUAAAAGCUACCAGAGAUAAAAUGAAAGAUGCUAUCAUAGCAAAACUUGCAAAUCAAGCUGCUGAUUACUAUGGUGAUGCGUUCAAACAGUGUCAGUACAAGGAUACCUUACCCAAGUAUUUUUAUUUCCAGGAGGUGUUUCCUGUUCUGGCUGCAAAACACGGCAUGAUGCAGGCUAAUGCAGAGUAUCAUCAGUCUAUCCUGGCAAAGCAACAGAAGAAAUUUGGUGAAGAAAUAGCAAGAUUACAACAUGCUGCUGAUUUAGUAAAAACAGUGGCAUCUCGUUAUGACGAAUAUGUGAAUGUAAAAGACUUGUCUGACAAGAUCAGCCGUGCACUUACAGCUGCUAAGAAGGACAAUGACUUCAUCUAUCAUGACAGGAUUCCUGACCUUAAAGAUCUAGAACCUAUUGGGAAAGCUAGUCUCGUGAAAGCUACUCCAGUAACUAUCCCUCUGAGUCAGAAAUUUACUGACUUGUUUGAGAAGAUGGUUCCUCUGGCAGUGCAGCAAGCUCUUACCCUUUACAACCAAAGAAAAGCAGAUCUGGUGAACAGGUCAAUUGCUCAGAUGAGAGAGGCCACUAAUCUGGCAAAUGGAGUGCUGGCUUCCCUCAAUCUGCCUGCUGCUAUUGAGGAUGUAUCUGGGGAUAGUGUUCCUCAGUCUAUCCUGCAGAAGUCUAAGUCUGUGAUUGAGCAAGGAGGCAUCCAGACAAUUGAUCAGUUGAUGAAAGAUCUUCCUGAACUGCUACAGAGGAACAGAGAGAUUCUGGAUGAGUCUUUAAGGAUAUUGGAUGAAGAGGAAGCAACAGACAAUGAACUGAGAAACAAGUUCAAGGAGCGCUGGCAAAGAACACCAUCUAAUGAGCUUUACAAGCCUUUGAGGGCAGAGGGAGCCAAUUUCCAUAAUAUCUUGGAUAAAGCUGUGCAAGCCGACAAACAAGUUAAAGAACGUUAUCAGUCUCAUCGAGAUACAAUUUCGCUGUUGUGUAAGCCUGAAGCAGAACUGAAUGCAGCAAUUCCAUCAGCAAAUCCGGCAAAAACUAUGCAGGGCAGUGAGGUGGUUAAUGUCUUAAAAUCCUUGCUAGCUAGUCUGGAUGAGGUGAAAAAACAGAGAGAACAACUUGAGAAUGAUCUGAAACUGAUAAACUUCGACAUGACGACAAAAUUCUUAACAGCACUUGCACAGGAUGGUGCUCUGAAUGAAGAAGCCAUUUCUGUCACUGAGUUGGAUCGCCUUUAUGGAAGUCUCACGCAUAAAGUUCAGGACACUCUGAAAAAACAGGAGGAACUGCUCAAUAGCAUUCAGAAUUCUCACCAGGAAUUUUCCAAGAUGAAACAAUCAAAUAAUGAAUCCAAUUUAAGAGACGAAGUUCUAAAGAACUUGGCUGUAGCCAAUGACAACUUUGUUGAAUUAGUAGCAAACCUGAAAGAAGGCACAAAGUUUUACAACGAACUGACUGAAAUCCUUCUGAAGUUACAAAAUAAAUGCAGUGACAUUGUGUUUGCACGCAAAACGGAAAGGGAUGAGCUUCUGAAAGAUUUGCAGCAAAGUAUUGCUAGAGAGCCCAGUGCUCCUUCUUUUCCUUCUGUGCCUGCAUAUCAGACGGGUCCUGCUGGAGGAAACAAACCACCUGCAUCUGCUCCAGCUCCAACUCCAGCUCCCAGAACUAUGGUGUCUAGUAAACCACAGCCACCAGCACGCCCUCCCCCACCAGUGAUUCCUACAGCAAGUGCAGGCACUGUUCCUGUAGCGGCAGCCGCUGGGACAGUAGCUUCUCCAGCUGGCUCUGCAACUAACACAGCUCCCUCACAGGCUCAGGGGCCACCUUAUCCAACAUAUCCCGGAUACCCUGGAUACUGCCAGAUGCCUUUGCCAAUGGGCUACAAUCCUUACAUGUAUAGCCAAUACAAUCUACCAUACACACAAUCGCCUAUGUACCAAAAUCCUGGACAAGCACCAUACCCAGGACCUCAGCAGCCUGGAUACCCUUACCCACAACAGCCCUAUUACCCACAGCAAUAACAGAUCUGCAAAGAAGCGCUGCUUGUUACAACUAAGAGAAACUUGCAAUAAGCAUACUAAACCUUUAGUUCCAGUUAGUGUACCUCACUGUAUUGAAAACAAUUUGUAAUUUGUCUGGUUAAAUACUCAAAGCUAUGCUCCCAGUUGGAUUCUGAUCACAUUAAGCUUCUUGAGGGAAUUGGCAAGCUGCUGUCAUAUUAUGGACAGAAUUAGAUUACAGCAAAGUUCAAAUGUAUGUAAACUGCACAUAAAACUAGACUAAAAUGGUCAGAUCCUAUAAAUAGGAAUUGAGAUAUUUGAUAUGAAAAGCAAAAUGGUACAGCACUAGAUGUGAGAUAUUCUGCAAGUCUAAAGAGGAUUUCCUUCUAUAUUACAUUGGUUUGUAUCUCGGGUUUGAGUUUAGCUACCAAUAUGUUAUUUUGUCUAAUCAAGGCAUUGUAAAUCAUGAGUGCAAAAUAAAUUGCCUAGGAACAAUUUAAAAAAAAUUAACGCUAGAUAUUUUUAUUACUCUAUGACCAAUGUAUGUUUCUGAAGUUUAGACAGGUUCUUUGGCACUGAUUUUUGAAGCUAAGAGUUAUGCUACGCAGUCAGGGUUGGUUGUACUAAGUUCUUGUAAUAUAAAAAGCAAUUCCCUAAAUCAAAAUAUUGUAGUGUUAUUCCAGAAUAUGAGACACAAUAAAUCAAAAUAUUUUUAUGGAACCUUUAAAA